ACCAACUCAACGCUAAUAAAAAGAUGCGUUGUUAUCAUCUGGUUUAAAAUCGAUGAUCCUAUUCCAUUCAAUUAGUCAUAUCGGAGACAAUGAAACGAACGAUCGCAUUGCUCACGUACGCAAGCACAAUAUCAUUUCUACUGGGAUGUGAUUACCCAACCAAGCAUUAUACCAGCAUGGGAUGCAUACCAAAUGGAUUGAAUCCAGACACAGGAUGCCCGUUGAGCUACAACUGUAAAAAUCUGUCAAACCGCCAGGAUGGUAUAUGUCAUCUCCAUGGAAAAACUUAUAACAUCGGUGAAGUAGUUCCAUCUAACGAGACCUCCCCAUUCUGUACUAUACGUGUAAACUGUGACCGCGACCAUGGAAGCAAUUCGACAACAUUCAUCUACACCCACAUCGACUGUGAGGAAUUCUUCCACCAUCGUGAACCGGAUUGUAUCCUUCAAUACCAACCCACCAGUUGCUGCUCGACAAACAAAGUUUGUGGUGAGAAUAAAACUCAGUUAGCCACGUGCACCAUAGAGGACCAAUCGUACUACGAGGGCGAGCUGAUGCAAAUUCCUGAUCAACCAUGUAAGAGAUGUGUUUGUUCAGCUGAUUUCAAACUCGCCCAAAUUGACGAUAGCAAAUAUUGCUACGAAGACGAGUGUAGUUUCGAAAUUUUCGAUAUAGAAAAGCUCUACGGAGGAGCUGCCCCAGUGUAUAAAAAUAAUACUUGUUGCCCGUGGACCUGGAGAAUGCCAAACAACACUGACCAACUGGAAAUACGGUCUAACGGUCUGCAUAAAUAUGAGGAAAAAUGCAUAUAUGGAGCGCUAACUUUGGAAAUUGGUGAAAGUCUAAAAACCUUCAACGAAGACGAUAAUGUGAUCAGCUGCACGUGUGCUAUACCUCCUUUAGUACACUGCCGAGUUGAAUAAAACUGGCAAAAAACCGAAAGAAAAAAAUAAAGUGCUAAGGUAACUUAUAAGCGAAAGUAAUACCCCAACAAACAAUUAAAGCUGAAUAAGCUAGUUUUUUAGCUGAAGAAGUCUGUUUUUAUUUGAAUAAGCGCUCUACGAGCUUCCAAUGUUUGCUGGGACUUUUAACUUUAUGUCCCAAAUUUGCCACGUGUUUACAUAUACUGCCUUAAUCUAAAAAAGUGACGUAUACUCCAAGUUACAACAUAUAAGUUUUCCAUUAUUCUGUUACAUAGCUCGAUGAGUAGGUACUACUCGUUAACAUAAUUUUUGGAGAACAGCGUAUACGCCACUUAUUCAGAUUACGGCACUAUAGUGGUCUACCAACUGAAAAUGAUUUACUCUAAAGCAUACUGCGACAAAGUAGGUACGCAGUUGAUUUAUUUCAUGAUGCAUAAGUGCAAAUAAAAGCGUGUUAUUGUUUUCAAUAUUUUUUAAUUCUUUAUUGAUAAGAUGUAUAGUCUGAGUCUGGGCUGGCUCAUCUUGUUUUCUAAUGAUGUAGGUGUCUUUUCGGAACAUAUUCUAAUAUUUCAUAAGAAAGCAACGGAAAACGAUAGACAGUUUCACCCUUGAAAAACGCCAAAUAUACAGGCCGA